CCAGAAAUUUGCAGCAGCUGCAUUGAAGAUUACGUUUUACAUAGACAUCAAUGCCGUAAACACUGCCCUCAAAAAACGUUUACAGACAAACUGAGAAGAAUGUGUUUUGCCUGUCCGCAGGCUUGCAUUACCUGCUCAAAUGAGACAUAUUGCUUAUCUUGUCAGCUUGGCACUUAUUUAUAUGAUGGGACCUGCAUUCAACAAUGUCUGCCUGGGACCUACCUAGAUCCAAACAGCUGGCAAUGUGAACUUUGUCACAGUUCCUGUCAGACCUGCCAAGGACCAUCACCCAGAGACUGUACUUCAUGUUCGGACAGAAUAAGUCCACCAGUAUAUGGUCAGUGUUAUAUUGUGACCUGCAAUGCUGGACAAUACUUUGAAGUGGUUGAUGGCAGUUGUUAUGAUUGUGAUCCGUCUUGCCAAACAUGCUUUGGACCACAGAGACUGGACUGCUCUUCUUGUUUCAGAGGUUACUUCCUAGACCAAGAGGGUGCCUGCAUAGAAAAUUGUCCAUUGGGAUACUUUGGGAAUACAGAUUUUCUUCUUUGUGAAAAAUGCUCAGAUGGCUGUGAAAUUUGUGAGACAUCAAGUGACAACUGCAUAAAAUGCAGGGACGAUGAAUACAGUCUGUUUCUUCAUGAAGGAAAAUGCCUUGCUAGCUGUCCAGAGGGAUACUUCCAAAAUAAUGAAGGCUCGUGUGAAGCAUGUGAUUCAUCUUGUCAGACAUGUGAUGAAAGCAAAACAAAAUGCUUAUCAUGUCCAGAAGGCCUAUAUCUCGAAAACAACAAUUGUGUGACAAAUUGCUCCUUACAAUACUAUCCAGAUGAGGAUGGUUUUUGUAAGAAAUGUGCAGCCCACUGCAAUAUCUGCUAUGAUUCAGUAGACUGUAUAGAAUGCAGUUUUUUAUACCUUCUCCAUAAUGGUAUCUGCAUGGCCACCUGUCCAAAGGGCUAUUUUGAAGACUUUGACCACAGUAAGUGCAUACCAUGUCAUGUGACCUGUGCCACUUGUUCUGGAUUAUCAUAUAAUGACUGUGAGACAUGCCUUCCAGUGAGUCCAAAAUUAUACAAGGGCCAGUGCUUGGAAGACUGCCCAACUGAGACAUUUUAUAAAGCUUCAGAAAUGGAAUGCCAAGAAUGUGACAGAACUUGCAAAAGCUGUAUAGGUCCUGAUUCAACUGACUGUAUACAGUGUCAGGAUGGACUAAUUCUGGAUCCAAAAGCUAUGAAGUGUGAAGUACAUGGAGACAUUAUGUGUCCUUCAAAGACAUUUCUUAGAAAGGAACAGCUUACCUGUGAAAGUUGCCAUCAUACCUGUGAAACAUGUAGUGGAUCAUCUCCAAGAAACUGUCUCACGUGCCAGUUGCCAUAUUAUCUUUACAUUUCAGAAUGA